GUCCAAGUCCAACACCUCAUCUUCAUUGUUGAGGGCAACAGCGAUGUGUAGGGCAUUAGACGCAAAGCAGCAUGGAAUCGAGAAGGAGAUAGUGAAAAGCUUGGAAUUGUGGGAGACCAUACAUGGGAGGCCCUUUGAGAAUGAGGAUGGGUGGCGCUGCCUGGAAAUCUUGGCGGGCGUGCUAGAACACCAGACUGUGUUCCUUUCGAAGCAUCACUUGGAGGAAGUGGCUGAGCCUCUGGUCAGCCCGAUCGGCGCUGACAAAGGGGGGGGAAUGUCCGAGCUGGGGGCGAUGUCAGAGCCGCAGAAACUGUCUGAAAUCGGAGGCCCUGGCCUCGACACCACAAGCCCUGCAUCAAAGAGGCGCGUUGUGCAAGACGCCUCGGCUGUUGUCGUCAGCAUGGGAGGAGGUAGCUCUGGCUCUCGAAUCCCGGGCACGGCCAACAUUAUUCACGUAUCGACGUGGAAAUCUCACUCGACUGAUCAGUUGCGAGCGGCACAGGGGACAGAUGAGCAUGCGGCUGUCCGCAAGCUCGUGAAGGAAAAGAAUAAGGGAUUCCGAACUGACCCCGAACCUGUGGAGAUGGUCGUUGGUGGUAUGGUCAGGGGAGAGAGGAAGGAGACACCAGGAGGAGGAGCAGGAGCAGGAGCAGCAGCAGCAGGAGGAGGAGGAGGAGGAGUGCUGCUGUCUUCUCCUAAGGAUGGAGGUGGUGUGAACAGUGAUACCCAGAAAACUGAGACUGCCAAGGCGAAGAAGAAACUUCAUCGACAAUCAUCAGAGGGCACUGCGCCAAUCGGCAGGGACGAUCAACGGAUCAGCAAAAAAACGGAAACUAAGAGUGUGAAAUGGUGGCAGGGGCCAAAGUACUUUUACAGCGUCGUUCACCGAGCUCACGUUCCGACCAACCCGCUACCUCCGCGGCCACCAUCGUCAAAAUCUCUUAUGGAGAACAGCAAGCCUAGGGUUUACGACAUCAAGCCAAGGACAUCAAUCGGGAAGUUGAUUGCUCAGCAACAGGCGAUGGCACGGCCGGCAGAGGGAGAGGUAGGUACUCGUAGAGUCAACGCGCCUGCUUCAGGCGUUUUGGGGCAGAAGUCGGCGGGGACGGCAGGUGGAGGGGGGACGCAGCAGCACUCGGUUCACAAGGGGAAUGCGGCGGCCGAUGCGAGGGCAAGCGGAGCUGCUGCGAGGAAGGACUCGACAAGAGCGGCCCACCCCCUCUCAGGCGGCGAAAAGAAGAGCCCCAACUACCCCUCCCCACCAGACGGGAAAGACGGAAGUGAGGUGAAGGAGAGUGCCGCCAUAGCCACUGGUCUGGACGACAGGAAAACGCGUGAGCCGCUUCAGGCUUGGCUGGGUCACGAUGAAGGAACCGAGAGAGGAGGAGGAGGAGUUAUGAAGGCCACACUGUCUUCCAGAACAUCUGUUCUUGGGAGACAGAGUACAAUAGGGAUGUCCGGUUUCCCGUCGACAGAGAGACGGACGCAACCCAGAGCGGCACCAUCAGCCAUCGUAGAUCAGACUCACAAACAGAAUGAGGGUGCUGUAGGAGCAGCGGCGGGGUCAUCACCAACCUUGCUCAUGGCGGAGAAGACUUCUUCUCAGCAAGCCAUGUCCAUGUCUAGAGGGGCAACGCAGGCCGAUCCAAAAGCUGCUCAACAACUGGGAAUGAGAGACAAGGUGGGAGAUACAACCCAAGGGAACACGACAACAGCACGUGGCAGUCAUCGAUUGAAUGUGCCCUUAGAGAUGCUGAGACGACAUCAGACGACCAAGACUACUUCUAGAUCGGUGUAUGAGGAGCUGGGUAAUUUGCCGACGAUUGCCGAUAACGUGGCAGAGACUGACGUGACACAGAGUGACAGCCAGGAGGAAGAGGAGGAGGAGGAAGAAGAUCGCAAUGGGAGGAGGAGGAGGAGGAGGAAGAAGAUCACGAUGGGAGGAGGAGGAGCGAGGAAGAAGAUCGCGAUUGAGGAGGAGGAGGAGGAGGACGAUGAGGAGGAGGAGAAAGAGAGGCUGUGGGAGCAGGACGAGGAAGAAGAUCGACUGGACGAGGAGGAGGAGGAGGAGGAGGAAGAUCGUGAUGGGAGGAGGAGGAGGAGGUGGAGGAAGAUUGUGAUGGGAGGAGGAGGAGAAACAUCGGCUGUGGGAGCAGGAGGAGGAAGAAGAUCGGCUGGAGGAGGAGGAGGAGGAGGAGGAGGAGGAGGAGGAGGAGAAACAUCGGCUGUGGGAGCAGGAGGAGGAGGGAGGAAGAAGAUGGUGAUGUAGUAGUAGUAGGAGGAGGAGGAUAAAGAUCGGCUGUGGGA